AAGGUAACAUGGGCUGCAUUUGACCAAAAUCUGCUCUUUGUGUUCUAUUGUAAAAACAAAUAAGAGAAAAAGUCUUUUCUCUCUUGUGCAUGUAGCUGAAGACAGGCUGAUAUGACACACUCUGUUUCUGUAGAAAAGGAGGGGCUACAGGACGGAAGUGAAGAGUGAGGGAGGGAUGAGAGAUGGAAAAAAAAAAAAAACCUUCUCUCUCUCAGUCAGAGUGUGAGCAGCUGGUGCUUUAAGUCAUGUUGCCUGUGUGUGCGUUUCCACGGUGAUGUCUGGCAGGCAGGCACAUGCCGAGGCCGCUAGUGGCAGCAGGCAGCGGCACAGGAGCAACCUAAGCGAAGCCAGCGAGCCAGAUUUCCCCCCCAAACUCUCACCCAUGUACCCAGAGGAGGGGGGCAUUUCCUCCACUGUCCACUUCCUGGAUGGAACUUAUGACUAUCACACCCCGGCCUCUAACACCGGACCAGCCACCCUGGGCUUCUAUCCGCCGCCCCCGGACUCCCAGCUGCCCCCGGCCGAGGGAACUCUGCAGCCCCUGGCCAGCGGGUCAGUAAGUCCUCUGGUGUUCAUGUCCUCCAGCCCCCAGAUGUCCCCCUAUCUGACCCAUCCUGGGGGUCAGCAACAGGUGCCCUAUUACCUUGAGACUUCAGCCAGCUCCGUCUACAGGUCCAGUGUGUUAGUGAAUCAGCAGGCAGGGGUGCGAGACGAGCUGUCUGGCGCCACCAACAGGCAGGACAUGUACGCUGCAGCAGGAGCCUCUGGGGCAUUUGAGAUGGCAAAGGAGACACGCUACUGUGCUGUGUGCAGUGACUACGCUUCAGGAUAUCACUAUGGAGUGUGGUCCUGUGAGGGCUGCAAGGCCUUCUUCAAGAGGAGCAUACAAGGUCACAAUGACUAUGUGUGUCCAGCAACCAACCAAUGCACUAUCGACAGGAACCGCAGGAAGAGCUGCCAAGCAUGCCGUUUACGCAAAUGCUAUGAAGUAGGCAUGAUGAAAGGAGGCCUUCGUAAGGAGCGUGGGGGUCGCACUGUGAGGCGUGGUAGAAGGCGGAGUGGGCUGGAGGAGCGUGAGCGGGGCUACAGUGAGUUACCCACCCGCUCUGAGCUGAGGACAGCCACUCUGCAGGACAGCAAGAGGAGUCGCAGUGCACUCUGUAUGAGCCCAGAGCACGUCCUGCUGCUGCUGCUGGGGGCGGAGCCGCCCACACUCUGCUCCCGCCAGAAACACAGCCAACCCUACACUGAAGUCACCAUGAUGACCCUGCUGACCAGCAUGGCUGACAGGGAGCUUGUCCACAUGAUCGCCUGGGCCAAGAAAGUGCCUGGCUUCCAGGAGCUCUCUCUGCAUGACCAGGUGCAGCUGCUGGAAAGCUCCUGGCUGGAGAUUCUGAUGAUCGGGCUCAUCUGGAGGUCCAUCCACUCACCAGGCAAACUCAUCUUUGCGCAGGACCUGAUCCUCGACAGGAGUGAAGGGGACUGUGUGGAGGGCAUGGCGGAGAUAUUUGACAUGCUUCUGGCCACUGUGUCUCGCUUCCGCGCCCUCAAACUCAAGUCAGAAGAGUUUGUGUGUCUCAAAGCCAUCAUACUGCUCAACUCCGGUGCGUUCUCUUGCUGCACCACGCCUGGCGAGCCCUUGAGGGACGGCUUCAUGGUGCAGUGCAUACUGGACAACAUCACUGACGCGCUCAUACACUACAUCAGCCAAUCGGGCAUCUCAAUGCAGCUCCAGUGCCGCCGGCAGGCCCAGCUCCUCUUGGCGCUCUCUCACAUCAGACACAUGAGCAACAAAGGUAUGGAGCACUUGUACAGUAUGAAGUGCAAGAACAGGGUUCCACUGUAUGAUCUUCUGCUAGAGAUGCUGGACGCUCAUCGGCUUCACUCCUCAGGCAAGACGCCCCCUAACUGGGCCCAAAGCGAGAGGGCCUCCCCUUCCACUAGCCAAAGCAACAGCAGCGGCCUCUCCCACAUGCCCCGGCGGAGCCAAAUCCAGCACGACAUGACAGAAGCCACGGACCCUGAAACCACAGCUGAUGACUCCAGUUCCAUAUACUGAGAAAUUUAUUUUUUAAGCUGGAGUCAUGUAAGUGUGGCCUGUGAGAAAAUUACCAAUCAGGUCAAUGGCAGCAGUUUUGAGAUGUCUGAGGUCAUGUUUGGAGAUAAGGUCCUUUCAGCUGAAGAUUCUGGCUGAAGGUAGAUCUGUCCAGGUGUGCACAGGCCUUCAACCAAGUCCAGAUUGAGGUCUCCCCCCAUAACCAAUGAGACGUGUGAAGGAAGCUAGAUUAUCCUUCAGAUGUAUCUUUUGGCAGAGCUGUGUUGAUGUAACAUGGUCUUAAAGCCAACUGGACUAGAACCUAGAAAACGAAUCGGCUGUAGUUUUCUGUAUAUGACUCAAGGACUGAAAAACUGUACAGUGGAAAAAUAAUUUACUCUGUAACUAACAGAACAUGCAUCUGUUCAGCGCUGCAGUCUUACAAAUGCCGCUAAUUUCUACAUUUGUGGCUCACCUAUAACAAUGGAGGAAAUUCAAUCACGACUUGCAACAGCUUUCAACUGAGCUGAGAUUCAUAGAGAAGAGUAAUUUAAUGACCAACAGUGUUACUUUUAAUGCAGUGUCACAGUGCUUCAGUUUUUAUUCUCACUGCUGCACUAAUAUGCCAGCCUGUCAGAAUAAGGGUACAAAUGUGAAAUCAAAAAUGCUUAUAAGGUGUGUAUUGCUCUUCUCUCAGUAUUGUAAUAACUAUUCUGAAGGAAUGUAUGCCUUAAAAUAAUUGUAUAUUCGUU